AUGUCAUUUUAAAAUAUUUGUCCUUUUGAUAUUCAUUUAGGUUAUUCCUCAUCUAAUUGUUAAGGAUAAAUAGGAGAUUAGAAUAUUUUAGGAGGAGAAUUACUGUACUUUAAAAAUUAAGAUAAAUAUGAAUUGCUAAUGGUAGAUUAUGGAAGCUUAGGAUUGCUUGGAGUAUGGAAUCUUACAGAUGCUAGUCUUUUUUAUUCAACUUCAUAUUAUUCUGAUCAAAAUAUUCAAAUUCAUUCUAUUUUUACUGAUAAGCAAAUCAACAUUUCUGAUCCAUCUUUAUCAGAAACUUUCAUAUAUAUAAUAGAUAUCAAUUUUAAUGUGUAUUAAUAAAGUCUCUAUCAAUAGAAUAGUAUGGCUAUUAAAUUUAGCAAUAUAAAGGUAGAUAACUAAUAGAAAAAAAUUUAAGUUUGCUUCAACAUUAAAAAUGGUAGUUUGUACUUCCCUUUAGAUAACUAUGUCUUCCUAAGCUCUAUUGAAUAAUUUUCUUAAAUAAAAUUAGAUUCUGAAGUAAUUCAUUGUGAAAGUGAUUUUAGUCAAGACUACAUAUAUGUUCUUUCAUCUAAGAAUAACAUUUACAAAAUUAGCUAAACUAAUUUUGAAAUUUUAAAUACAUUAUCAUUUCAAUUAGGAAAUAUAACUCAUUUGAAAUUCUAAUAAAGUUAAGGAUUAACAUUCAUAAGUUAUAAUAUAAGUGGAUAUUCCAUUUUCUCUUUGAAUUAAAAUUUUAAUUAAACAAAUUUACUUUUUUUCUCUCCAAAUUAAAUUAAUGACUAUGGAUUUUUAAAUGAUAGGUCUUUGAUAGUAUGUGGAAAUAAUUCAAUGAUUUAUUUUGGUUCUUAUUUUAUAAAUCCUGCUACAUAAUCUAUGGAUUAUAAUGACUAUCAUGUGUAUGAUAGUCUUAAUGCUCUACUUCUGCAAGAUUUAAAAUUGAUAAAUUACACUAAACUAAUUGUAGGAGAUGAUUUCACAGUAUUUUAUGGAAAUUAAACAAUGAUAACUGUUGUAGUAAACGAAAAUAGAGUUAUACAACUUAACAAAUGCUUAGGUUCAUAAUUACUUUUAGGAGUUACUCCUAAUGCUAUUUUUGAAGGUUCCAUAUUAAAAACGUUAACAUCUAGUGGCAUGUUAUUUAUAGAUAUAACAAAUGGGCAUAUAAAAAGGCAUACAAGCUGCUUCUAGAUAAAUGAUAUACCAGCAGAAUAAGUUGAAGGUCUUUACUUUGAUGAUGAAUUACUUAGAAUUUAUAUGAUUGAGAAUUAGGGGAAAUUAGGAUAUUUUAGCUUUCCGAAGGGUGAAUAUCUGACUUAGUACUAUAAUCUCUCAACUUAAAGUAGAUUAUAAUUUAACAAGUAAGGAGAUUAAAUAUAUAUUUGGCCAUUUUAGACUCCUUAAAAUUAUUUAGUAAUAACAACAUAUCUUGAUGGAACUUUUUUACAAAUUCUAAAUUUUGAUAAUGAUUUCAAAGUUAGCUAAGUAUAUUUUGACAACAAUUUAGAGAUUAUUUUAGUUAUUGAUUAAAGAUAAAAAUUAUAAGUUUUCAAUUCUAAAUAAUUUAAUCUACUCUACGAUUCUCCAAUUACCAAUUAGACUGUAUAAUUUUUUUAAAGUCAAUAUGGACCAAUUAUUGUGUACUAGAAUUUGAUAUAAAUGCUCACUAAAGGAUAGGAUAGUCACCAAAUUUAAAUAAAUACUUUAAAUUUACAAAAUUAUGUGUCUAAUUAAAUAUACUUUGAUACUUUUUCAAACUCAUUGAUACUUUUUAAUGUAGUUGGGACUUUAUAAAUUGCAAUUAUAGAGAAUCCUUAAAAUAUAAAUAUAAAAAGUUUAUCAUUCCUAUAAAAGUAAAAUUAAGUAUCUUAAAAUAUUUGCUUUGGAAAUAAAUAUUUGGUUAUUUUAAUGGCUUCUCCAAACGAAAUUAUAUUAAUUAACAAAUAGACAAAUGAUUUAAAAAUAAUUAAUUUUGCAUUUGUUAUACCAAACUAGUGUUUACUACUACUGGAUGAAGAAUUACUCUUAGUUGUCCCUAAUGGAAACUAACUUGUUUUUAUUGAUGCUUAAUCUUAAGUUUUUUUAAAAAAUGAAUAACUUGAUUAAUUAAGCUCUACAGUUUCAUCUAUAUAAAUUGAUAAAGAGGAAAACUUAUUAAUUAUUUUGCUUUCUACAAACCAAAUUAUUAGUUACGAUUACUUAUCUCUACAAUAAGUUUGUGAUUGGAAGGCGACUAGUUAAAUUACACUUUCUACGUUUUAGAUAAGCACUUCUUAUAAAAAAAUUUUAUACAGUUCAGGACUUAUGAUUUAUUUUAUUGAUUACACUUAGAAAAAAUUAAUGAAACAAAUUUAAUUUUUAGAGAAAACUUAAGGAGGAGUUAUAGAUUAGUAAACAAAAAGUAUAUUUAUUUAUACUACUAAAGUUUAUAAGUAUGGUCUUUAAAAGUAUAAUCUGAUUUUGGCGUCAUAAUUUGAACAUCUUCAAUAAAUAAAUCAAUUAAAUAUUAUUUAUGAAUGGAAUAUUAUUAUGACUUCUUCAUUAGAUAAUACUAUAGCUAUACAUAGUUAUCCAGAAUUAAAUUUCAUAUAAUUACUUUAACAUGAUCCUAUUGAUUGUCAAAAUAUUAGCACAUUUACUGUAGAUGUAGAAAACAACAGAAUAAUCUCAGGUUGUGGAGCUGGGAGUAUUUAUGUAUGGAAGAACAAUAUUUCAAUUAAUAAUUUUUAUUUACUUAAAGAUUAUUAAUAUUUGUAGAUUUACCCUAUUACUCAAAUAAUAAUUGAUUAAACAAACAACUUAUUAAUACUAAUAGGAGUAGAUUCGUUUCCAUUAUUAGUUUAACUAGGUAGUAUAGAUUAGUAAGUUGACAUUAUUUAGGUUUUGCAAGGAAACGAUGGGGUAUAUGACAAGAAUAAUUAAUGUAUACUUACUUUUGACUAAGAUGGUUAUGUUUGGAAUUACAGCCUCACUUCUUAAAGCUAUAUUUUUAGAAAACAGUAUCCUAUUCAUCAAGGUUAAGUAAAAACAAUAGCUCUAGAUCCUCUUAGUUUAUUGUUUGUGAGCACGGGAUUAGAUAACACAGUAUAAAUAUGGCCAUAUUAUUCUAAUGAUUUUUAAGAACCAUUUUAUUAAUAUACAAACAUAGCUUAAAUUUAAUAUGGCUAUAUAGAUAUGAUUAUUUCAUUUUCGAAUGAUUAAACAGUAAAAUUUUGGGAAUACGAGUUUUCUUUUCAAAGUAGUUAUUUUUAGAUUAUUCAUAGAUCAUCUUCUAUUAUAAGUUACGCUUUUGAUGAAGACAAUAAUAGCCUAUAUUAUACUAGAUCUGAUGCAAUAAUUGAUGGCCAUUAAUUUUUAUAAUCAUCUCAAAACUCUUUAGUUUAUAAUUUGGAAGUAUAAGAUAGUUACUUUGGAAUGUCAUUUAGUGAAAUAAAGUAAAAUAAGUACUUAAUUCCAGAUAGCUAUAUGAUAUAUACUAAUUCUUCCUCUAUUAAUCUUCUAAGCACAUUUAUGAAAAGUUAAUUAAGUAACUCAUCUGUCGGUUUAAUAAAAUUUAAUUCAAACUAGCUUUUAAUAGCAAAUUUUACACUAGAAGAGAAUUAAUUAUAAAAUGUUUCACCAAUUGUAAUUACCUAAAGCUAAGUAAUUGUAGAUUAAUCUUAUUUUAUUUCAAAUAAACUUUAUUCUACAUAAUAUGGAGGAGGUGUCUUUUAUUUUGAUGCUUCUCUUGUUAAAAUAUAAAAUAGUUAAUUUAUAGAUAAUGAAGCUUAAAAUGGAGGAUCACUAUAUUUUGUUGAUAUGUGUGAUUGCCUGCUAAAUAAUGUAACUUUUACAAAUAACACAGCUAGAGAAAGUGGAGGAGCUUUUUUGCUUAAUGACUCAAAUAUCUAAAUUUUGAAUAGUACUUUUGAAAGAAACAAAGCUUUAAUUGGAGGAAUAGCUAGAUAUUUGACUUUUAUACCCUUAUUCCUUAAAAAAAAUACUAGUGACUUAGUUAAAGAUUCAUGUGGUACCACUUAUUAAAAUAAUUGCAUAGAUAAUUAUGGUUAAUUCUAUGGUAAUAAUUUUUGUUCUUUUCCAUAAAGUGCUAAAAUUAAUAACCAGUCAUUACAAAAUGGAUCAAUAUAUAUAUUUAAAGAUGUAUAAAGUGGAACAUAAAAUAAUAUUUUGAAAAUAAACAUCUUAGACGAAGAAGGAAAUUAAGUUAAAUUCUAGAGUAAAAAAAACAUUCCUGAUAGAAUAUUGUAAGAAUUUUCAUAAUAUUACGUUGAGCUAUAGGAGCUAUAUUUGCUAAAUAAUAUUCAAGAUUUAAGAUAAAUUGAUUUGAAAUUAUAGGGUGCAACUAUUCAACCUUUUGAGUUUGAUGAAUUUCUUUUAAAUUAGUACUAAGUAUCAGGGUAAUUAGGUAAAAGAGGGAGAGCAGUUUUGUAAUUUAAAGGAUUCCACUUAUAUUCUAAUUAAACACAAGGGUUUACUGAUACUUUAACUAUUUAUAUUGAUUACAACUUUAGAAAUUGUUAAAUAGGAGAAAUAAUAUAAUCAGCUUGCACAUCUUGUUCAUUAGAAAACUGUUUUACAUGUUAAAAUGGUACAUAUUCAAUUGAAGAUCCAAAAUCAAAUACUAGUAAUAUGUAAUGCAAGCCUUGUGAUUACUCAUCAACUAUUUCUUGUUAAGGAAGCUAAAUAAAUUUAAAAUAAGGAUUUUGGAGAUCUGAUAAAUUCAAUGAUGAAAUAAUAUCUUGUACUACUAAAUCAUAAAACUUUUGUAACGGAUAAGAAGAUACUAAUUAUUGCUCAGAAGGUUUCAUAGGACCUUUAUGCUAGACUUGUGAUAUAUUAGGAUAAUUUUGGAAUAAUUCUUAUGGAAGAAGUGGAUUAGAUGUUAAUUGCUAUAAAUGCUAAUCAGAAAUAAAGUAAAUAGCUGAAUAGAUUUUAAUAUGUUUCAUUACAUUGUUAUAUUUGACAUAUUUAUUUUACUAAACUAAAAUUAAUUUAAAUAUGAUGGCUAAGGUUUUGAUUAUUGAUAGGCUAGGACUAAUAAGAUUAGGUAAUUCGGGUUAAAUAGGCGAAGAAAAUUUUUAUAGCAGAUUAAUGAUUAGAUACCUUUAAAUAUUUAUCAGUAUUUCUAGUAUUAGUCCAAAACCAAUAUUUAAUUUUCAAAUAAUCUCAAUAUUUUCUCCCAACUCUUUUUAUUAUGAAUUCAAGAAAGACUCUACUGUCAUUUGCUUCGUAUUCCUAUUCUUUUUCUUGUAGUAAAGCUCCUUUGAGUCUUUGGUUUAGACUUUUACUUGCAAAAAGAUAGGUAUGAAGUCGUUUAUGAAUUAUUACUUAUUAGAAAAGUGCUAUUCAACCAAUCAUGUGAUUUUGAUAACAUCUAUGAUAAUGCCAAUGACAUUUUUAUGGAUAGUUUUAGUACCAGGAAUAUUGAUUUAUAAAAUAUGGAGUAUUUAUAUUCUUAAAAUAAACUACCGUAGCUUCUUAAUUACCCUUUUAACAAUAGUUAUUUUUGAAUUAUUGACUAUACAAAGUCGAGUAUGGUUUCCUAAUUUGUGGGUAUAGAUAAAAAUUUUAUUUGUGGGAGUUUUUAGCAAUGAAUUUAAGACUGCUCUUAGUAUUUUUAAAGACAAUUCAUUUAAAAAAUUCAACAAUUUUUAACUUCUUAGACUUUACAUUUAAGAUUAUAUUUAGAGAAAAAAAAAAGACAUAAAUGCUCCUUUCUUUUCAAAUGUUAGACCUAAUCAUGAAAAUAGCUUGAGAGAGACUGACAAUUAAGCAUAUUCUACCAGAAAAGCGCUUCUUUCUAAAAGGAUGAAUAAAAAGGGUAUUUUAAAAUAGAGCAGCUAAGAAUUAAUUCCAAAUUAAACUUCUCCAAAAAAAUUUUUAGUUCCAUUUAAUUCAGAAAGAUAAACUACAAAAUAAAAUUUUAUUUUUAGCUUUUCAUAAAGUCCAUAUCUCAAUAUAAAGCUUUCUGAAUAACAAAACAAAAAUGAAAUAGAUAUUGAUUCAUAAACUAGUGAAAAUUUUAGUGAGUAUCAGGCGAAUUAAUAAAAUAACUGCUAAACUAAAUAUAAUUUUUAAACAAGAAGUAAUGUAAAAAAUAUCAAUCAUGAUUAGUUUACGGAGCUGAGUAGCUAAAUAGAGUACAGAUAUUAUAAAACGAAUGACUAAGAAUUAGAUUCAAUCAUUAAUGAUUAAUCUUAUGCUUAGAAAAAUCAAACUCUUUAAUAUGAUGAAAAAGAAUGA